GUAAAGUGAAGUUGUUGAGAAAUGAAGAGCGAGAGGGACUGAUUCGAACACGUACAAUUGGUGCACAGCAUGCGCGAGGUGAUGUGGUCAUCUUUCUGGAUGCGCAUUGCGAAGUAAAUAUCAAUUGGUUACCUCCCUUAUUGGCUCCGAUCAAGCAUAAUCGGAAAGUAAUGACCGUGCCAGUAAUUGAUGGAAUCGAUAUGAAUACAUGGGAGUACAAACGUGUUUACGGUGCUGCCGAUGUGCAUUUCAGAGGCAUAUUUGAAUGGGGUCUUCUUUAUAAGGAAACAGAAAUAACGAAAGAGGAAGCACAACGUCGUAAAUACAAC